CACUGAUACAGAUACUUAUACUUCUUAUAGUAACAGUAAAGAUAAUAGAACUAGGACUAGAAAUUUAAGUUUUAGCAGUGCAGGAUGUCAAAUUAUAACCCUUUGGAGAGAGUAAAAAAAGCUCUCCCAAGACCUCCAACAGACGUGUUGUGCUGGCAGGUGUUCCACUUUGUGGAUCAAGGUGUGGAGGUGUUGCGGGGCCUCAACAAGCAGCGGCAGCACAGCCACUUCUGUGAUGUGGUGCUGGUGGCUGACAAGCAGCGGAUCCCUGCUCACCGAGCCCUGCUGGCCCUCUCAAGCCCAUACUUCCACGCCAUGUUCACCUUGGGCAUGAGGGAGCAACGCCAGGAGGAGGUGGAGCUGGUUGGCAUGUCCUACACCGGUCUGAACACUGUAGUGGACUUCCUGUACACCGGAGAGCUGCCAUUGGAUGAAGAAAACAUUGAACGUGUGCUGGAAGCUGCCCACCAUCUGCAGGUGUGUCGAGUGGUGGAUGUCUGCUGCCAGUACCUGGAGACGGAGCUGAGGGAAGACAACUACCUGCACCUGCAGGAGCUGGCGCUGCUCUACAGCCUGAAGCCACUCGAGACCUGCAUCGACAACUUCAUCCUCACGUGCUUUGCUACGCUCUCUUUCACCCCCGAUUUCCUUCACAGCAUUCCUUUGCACAAACUCACAUCCUACCUCUCCAGUGGCCAGGUUCAGCAUGACAGCGAGGAGGCGCUUCUCCAGGCCACCCUGCAGUGGCUCAGCCAGACUCCUAAGCGGACCGCCUACGCCGCACAGCUCCUCUCCCACAUCCGCCUCCCUCUGGUGCCAGCAGAGGACCUGGUGGGCCGAGUGCUGCCAGCGGUGCGAGCCCUGCUGAGGGAGGAUGCCAGCUGCGAGGCCCUGCUGGAGGAGGCUGUGGCAUAUCACGCCAGGCCCAGCGCCCAGCCGCUCCUGCAAACAGGACGCACCGCGCCGAGGGGAGGUGUGGAGCGCCUACUGCUGAUUGGAGGAGAGGUGUCAGAACGUGGAGAGGAGCUAAGCGCCAAUGUUUGCUGGCUGGAUGUUGAAACGAAAAAAUGGGUGGUGGAAACUGCGCUGCCGUCCCAGCGGAGCCACCACCGCCUGGCAGUGCUGGGGGGCUUCAUCUUCACUGCUGGGGGCAGCUUGUCCAGGGACAACGGUGGAGACGCUGCCUGUAACCUGCACAGAUACGACCCCCGCCACAACCAGUGGACCACGGGUGCUCCAAUGAACGAGCGGCGAGCGGAUUUUUACCUGGGGGCGGUGGGAGAGUGCCUGAUCGCCGUGGGUGGGAGGAAUGACACCGGAACGUUGUCCUCUGUGGAGAUUUACAGUCCCGCUGAGGACAGCUGGUCCUACGUGGCAGGACUGCCCAGAUCUACUUAUGCCCAUGCUGGGACGGUCCACCAUGGUGUAGUCUGCAUCUCAGGCGGUCACGACUAUCAGAUCGGCCCGUACCGCAGAGAUUUCCUGAGUUAUAAUCCACCCCGGUAUGGUGAGGUGUGGGUGGAACAACAGCCCAUGUCUGUGGCCCGGGGCUGGCAUUGCAUGGCCUCCCUUAACCACCUCAUCUACGCCAUUGGGGGCAGCGAUGACAACGCAGACACCACUGAGCGCUUCGACAUCCUGCAAGUGGAAUCUUACAACCCACGCAGCGGCCAGUGGACCCGGGUGUCACAGCUACUGCUGCCCAACAGCGAGGCGGGGCUUGCAGUCUGGGCAGGCAGGAUCUACGUGCUCGGGGGCUACAGCUGGGAGGGUAUGGUGUUCUCCAGAGCCACUCAGGUGUACGACCCUUUCAUGCGCUCAUGGUCCAGGGGACCCGACCUGCCGAAAUGCACCGCAGGGGCCUCAGCAUGUGUGUGCACUUUGAAGCCCUCACCGUCAUCACCCUCUCCGGAGAAGAAGAACUAGGUGGGAAAAGGGAUAAAAGGAAGAUUACACCCUAUGUAGCUGUGAUGAGGGACUUUUUCUUGUCCAAAAAUACAGGGCCUGACUUUUGGCUGAGACAGAGCCUGAUGCAUAUUUCUGACACAAAAUAUUUUUUUUUUAUAUAAGAUACAUAUUUUGUUAGGUCCCUAUUCAUUUUCUCACAAUCUCAGGGGGACUGCAGCAUCAAAAAAGGGAAGAGAAGUGGUAAUAAUGGUUACCACUUUUUAUUUUUUUUGGUAAAGAACACCCGACACUGAUUAGUUAGUGGAAUGGGAAAGAAAACAGAAUUCACUCUACUUUAAUUUGUGGAACAUCUCCUACAAGACCUACAGUUGAGUAACACACUGUAUGCCUGAGCAUGAACACUGUACAGACACACUUAUAUAUAUGUCAGAUAUGGGUCAGGGGACCGUCGCGGUAGGCCACAUCACCAAACAAAUCAGUGAAGUCCCUCAUAAUCCUCAUUCCAGCUCCAAGGGUCAGUCUGCUUUGCAGGACUUCGGCUGCUUUCACACCAGGAAACCGAGAUCCGGCGAUUUGCUGCAGGGUGGUGCGGCGGUGUGAGACUGCCACUGAAACGGCUCAUUUGUGUGAACUCCUGUUGUGCUCGUCAACCCCCCAAUAAGUAGACUUUAUAUUUGCUGUUUUAUGUCUGAUCUUUUAUAGAUCUCGACGUUACCGACUGCACUUGAAUGCAGCUUUAUUUUACAGAGAAAGAGAGAAAGAAAAGAGACCAUCCGAAUGUGCUUUGUUGUGUGGUAAACAUUCAGCUGUUACACUCCUGGGCGGUUCAGUGCUUGUGUUUUUUUUUUUUACCUACAUUUUUUUUAAAUGUUUUCGUGGCAGCGAUAGAGGCAGUGAUGUUUCCUGUUUCCUGUACGGGACUCUCACACCGCCACAAAACACUGACAAGUCUGAUCGCCGUUACAUGAUUGGCUACCGCAGUGUGACGUGGGGUUGCGGUUAUCCAAAAGUUGAGUCGUUCUCAACUUUUUGCCGCAGGCCCGCUGCAUUUUUUUGCAUGUCCCCCCUGUGGCAACCCCCACCACCCCCCGCCACAGCCUGUACGCUGCAUUCAAAAUGAAUGGAAAGACCUGCGUUUUUGCAGCACCAUCUGAUGGCCGACGCAGGUGCUGUGAAUGCCCACUUAUACACAAAUGCAGCUGAGAGGCUCAUCUGGUCUAUCCCAGUCUGUUGCAUCUUUGCAUAGUCUAUCUCUGUUACACACGAUACUUGCAGGCCCAGAGCAGAAUACCUCGCUGACGGUGAACUCGGGAUCAUUGGUUUUCCGUGUGCCUCUCACAGUCGUUUGUUUGUUUUCCUCACUCUCGUUUCCAAACUGAACAGCCAAUCAGAUGAAUCGGCUGUUCGGCCGACAGCCACGCCGCCGGCCCAACUUGGACCAACGGCCAGCAGUCGCCUUGGUGUGUCAGGGCCUUUAGAAACCAAAGCACAUGUAGUUUUGUGCGUUUUCAAGGUCCAUCCUGCACUGCCUACCUUAACACAUAUACAGAGAGUGUAUGUAAGGAAAUGAUAAUGUUCACUAUUGUAAAAAUGUCAUGAAUGUUUCAGAAUGUUUUGUUGGCCUUUGCAUUUGUAAGUAUUAACCUGUCAAAUUGCCUUUCAUUAAAAAGAAUCUGAUUGAUUGUGUAAACACAAACAUAUAUUUUUUUUAUUCACAACAUGAAAACAUUAGAAAAGUCACUUUUCAGAGCUUAUUAAUGCCCCAAAAUGUGUUGGUCACAUUCAUUACGAUCACAUUUGGAAGCUGAAUCAAAUCAACUUUAUCUAUAAAGCAUUUUACACACAACACAGUUGAUCCAAAGUGCUUUGCAGCAGCGGUUCCCAACCUUUUUCUGUGCCAGGGACCUUUUAUAUUCAUAAAAAAAUUCUAGGGACGAGUCAUUUUUAAGAUGCAUCGUUUUUAAAAAACAAGCUGUUACCGUUUUACACAGUGCUCAAUCUACAGUGGUUUUAUUAGCAUAUUAUGUACUUUGUGGCAACAAAGGCUAAUUGUAUGAAUAUAAUCUAUUUUAACUUUCA